CCUUUGUUUUCGCGGCGUGAGGGAAACGCCGGCCGGGAAGGCGGGGUCGGGCGCCGACAUCCGGGUCCUGGGGGAUGGCCUCCCCGAGCCGCUGCAUCCGGGUCCUUCUCUCGUGAGGGAAGUUGUCAGGAGGCGCGAGGGGUCCUGAGGCGGAGAACGAGAAGCCUCCGAGCUGCCCGCCGGCCGGACCUCCCCACCCGCGCGACCCGUCGAAGGCCGCCGAGGGAGCCGCUUAUUGCCGCUCAGGAGCCUCCUAACAUUGAGAAGCAAUGGAAGUAGCAACAAGUCAAACACAACCUUUCAAUGAAAAGCAGCUGCCAAAUUCUGAAGGUGGAUACGUGUGGCAGGUUACUGACAUGAAUCGACUGCGCCGUUUUUUGUGUUUUGGUUCUGAGGGAGGUACUUACUACAUCAAGGAACAAAAGUUGGGCUUCGAAAAUGCUGAUGCUCUGCUGAGGCUUAUUGAAGAUGGCAGAGGCUGUGACGUGGUACAGGAAAUAAAGACGUUCAGUCAAGAAGGGAGGGCAGCAAAACAGGAGCCAGCAUUGUUUGCGCUUGCCGUUUGUUCACAGUGUUCUGAUUCAAAAACAAAACAAGCAGCUUAUAAGGCUGUCCCUGAAGUUUGUCAUAUACCAACCCAUCUCUUCACUUUCAUUCAGUUUAAAAAGGAUCUGAAGGAGGGCAUGAAAUGUGGCAUGUGGGGCCGUGCCCUAAGAAAAGCUGUUGCGGAGUGGUACAAUGGGAAGAAUGACAUGGCUAUUGCCUUAGCGGUGACAAAAUAUAAGAAAAGAAGUGGCUGGUGUCAUAAAGAUCUUCUCAGGUUAUCCCAUCUAAAGCCUGCAAAUGAAGGCCUUGCCGUAGUCACGAAGUAUGUAAUGAAAGGGUGGAAGGAAGUCCAAGAAGCAUAUAAAGACAGCAAGCUGUCUCCUGAUACUGAAAAACUGUUAAAAUAUUUGGAGGCAGUGGAGAGGGUGAAGCAUACAAAGGAUGAAUUGGAAGUGAUUCAUUUGAUAGAAGAAUAUAGUUUAGUUAGGGAACACCUUCUGACAAAUCAUUUGAAAUCUAAAGAGGUGUGGAAAGCAUUGUUACAGGAGAUGCCCUUAACAGCAGUGUUGAGGAAUCUAGGAAAGAUGACAGCAAAUUCUGUUCUUGAACCGGGAAGCCCAGAAGUAGCAACAGUUUGUGAAAGACUAAGAAAUGAAAAACUUCUUAAAAAGGCUCGAAUACAUCCAUUCCAUGUUUUGGUUGCACUAGAAAACUACAAAGGAGAACGUGGUUAUCGGGGGAAACUUCGCUGGCAACCUGAUAAUGACAUUCUGGAAGCACUUGAUGCCUCAUUUUACAAGACCUUCAAGACAGUGGAGCCAACAGGGAAGCGUUUCAUGCUUGCAAUUGAUGUCAGUGACUCUAUGUUCCAAAAGGUUUUGGGUAGCGUGCUGAAUGCUAGUACAGUCGCUGCAGCAAUGUGUAUGGUUGUUGCACGAACUGAAAAAGAUUGUCAUAUUGUUGCCUUUUCCCAUGAAAUGGUCCCUUGCUCGGUGACUGAGGACAUGACAUUACCUCAAGUGUUAAAUAAGAUGUCUGAGAUUCCAAUGGGUGCCACAGAUUGUUCUCUUCCAAUGCUAUGGGCUCAGAAGACAGGUGUAGCUGUUGAUGUCUUUAUUGUGUUAACAGAUAAUGAGACAUUUGCUGGAGAGACUCAUCCUUCCACAGCCUUGAGGACGUAUAGAGAGAGAAUGGGUAUUCCAUCCAAGCUGAUUGUUUGUGGAUUGACAUCCAACAGCUUUACCAUUGCAGACCCAGAUGACAGAGGAAUGCUGGACAUAUGUGGCUUUGACACAGGAGCACCAGAUGUCAUUCGAAACUUCACUUUGGAUUUGAUUUAAAUCUGUGAGCACCUGCUUUACUGAAUCUGUUACUUGCUGAAGACUUUGACCUGGGACUUACCAGUCAGAUUGACUGACUGUACUAACUUAUGACUGAGUUUGACGCAUCAAUUGGAAAGUUGAACUUUUUUAAAGGGGAUGUACAGACAAGUAGAGGCAGAAUCCACUUUCUGGGGAGAUUGUUUACGUCUGUUGCAUAUAGUUUUAAAAGAGCAGUGGAAAGCCUUAUAGAAAUACCUAUGGAACACCAUAUGUGUUUAAUUUUAUUAAUAGCUUACCAAUAGCAAGGUAUUCCAUCAAUUUAUACAUUAUUUUCUGAGAAUAAUUUUAUUCUGUUACUUUCAGGAUGGGAAGAGAUUUUAACAUUUUACAUUGUGUUGGGUUAAUAACUGUUUGCUUGAGUAGCUGUUACUCAUUGUAUUGAAAAGGAAAAGUGAGGCCAAGUCUGCACUACAGGUUAACUCACUUUUAUUAGUGUGUGUUGGUUCACAUUGUGUACACACUUACUUUUGGCAACUUGCUGCUUUCAGUGCUCCUUUUAUUUGUAGGUUAUUCUGUAUCUACAAGUGUUGGGAUAUUUUUUUGGACAAUGGAUUGUCCCAAGGGAUAUGUGGGUGGUGUUUGGUCUUCAGCCUCCUCCUUCAUCAUUCCUUGUUUCAAAACAAGUCUUGCAAGAAUUGCAUGAUUUCGUAGUCAUGCAUUCUCAUCACACUAAUUCAUGAAUAAGCAUAUUUUAAAUUUUACAUGUUUGCUGAUAUGAAGAAGGAUCACCAAGCAAGUUUGUCUUUUUGCACAUUUUUAUCAAAGGCAAAUGAAAUUACAAACCUCACCAUUUGAAGCACAGGGACAGAGAAGUAGAGAGGAUUGUUGGCAAAGAUAAAAAUUGUGACAAGUAAUUUCAUGCUGGUAAAUGGUGUAGGGAAUAUGCCCUGAAACAGUCUUUUAAGUGUGACAGCACUGAACCUGCACAGGUUUCCAGGUACUUUGAGUGCAAUUGAUGCCAGUGAGAAGCUAAAUUCUAGUCAACAGUGAUUUGUGGUAUACUAUUAGUGCAGACAAAGCCCAGGGACCAACCUUGUAGUUUUCAGCUCUGUUGUGUACAAUAGGGAAAUACUUAUGGAAUGCACUAGACCACACAACUGUGAUAGGGGUACAAAAGCUACAUAUAGUUUAAACCGAAUGGGGGAGUUUUAAUUAAAUUAUAAUGGGUU